CAAAAAUAAAAUGACCAAACUACCCAACCAUUAUCCCUAUAUGUAUAACACACAGCCUCUUCUUUUUCACCCACAAACAACAUAACAUGGCUUCCACCAAAAUUUCCUUAGUCUUUUUCCUUUGCCUCGUAGGUCCUUGUAUAGGCGCUGGAACCACAAGCGCUGCCGAAUCAGUCAGUAGCAUUGUGACACAAGGUUUCUUUAACAACAUUAUCAACCAAGCCGGUAAUGGCUGCACGAGAAAAAGAUUCAACACCCGCGACUCUUUCAUUGACGCUGCUAAUAAUUUUCCAAACUUUGCAAGUUCCGUUACAAGACGUGAAAUUGCAAGCAUGUUUGCUCAUGUCACUCACGAGACCGGACACUUCUGCUACAUAGAAGAAAUAAAGAAAAGGUCACGUGGUAGGUGCGACGAGAACGUAGAGCAGAGACCAUGUCCAUCACAGAGUAAAGGUCACUCCGGUCGUGGUCAUCAGAGUCUCGGUCUCGACCUUCUACGCCAGCCUGAGCUUGUGGGUAGCAACCCAACUGUAGCUUUCAGGAAGGGUUUGUCGUUUUGGAUUAAUAGCGUAAGGCCGGUGCUGAACCAAGGAUUUGGAGCCACUAUAAGAGCCAUCAAUGGGAUGGAAUGUAACGGUGGGAAUUCAGGUGCGGUCAAGGCAAGGAUUGGGUACUAUAGAGACUAUUGUAGACAGCUUGGUGUGGAUCCUGGUCAUAACCUUAGUUGCUAAAACGUUUUACAAACGCAUACACGUGACGUGUCACGUGAUAAUGCGGAAUAAGAAGUUACAUUUCAAACAGGGCAAGGAUUCAGAAUCGCAAGUACAUGAAUUAACAUUCUGUAACUGUUAAUUGUAUCAAGUUGUGUUAAUAUAUAAGAGCUAGGAGAAUUGGUCUUUCUUAUGUCUAGCUAGUAACCAUCUAUGUUUGUAGCUAGGAGCUACUUGUUGUUUCUAGUUGUUUGUCUAUCUAAGCCAAUCAUACAAAAUCUAUGCUUAUUCACAAACAUGGAGAUCGAUGUUGCAAAAUUCAUCAUUUCGAUUUUCACAAACAAUUAAAAUCACGCUACCAUGGCUCGCAUGCACUCCAUCCGCCGUUGGCAUCUCCCUCCGAGCAGAUCUUGUUGUCGUUCUCGUUUCCCUUCAAUAGAGGACUUGAUUCCUCAUGGUCUUCGCGGCUAUCUUCUCCCGCUAUAGAUUAAAUACAUUCUCAUGGUAGGCUAAUGUAUUUGAUUGUUGGUCUUCCUUAUGUUUAUUAGUAACGUUUUGACGCCUCCUCUAAUCGUCUUCUCGGGCAUGGGGAUGACCCUUUUUGGCCAAAU